UGCGCCAGGCCGAGGGCGGUCGAUGCGCCGCCUCCUUGCGCCCCUCGUCAGACGGCGGUGGUUACUGCUUCCGAGGUCAUUUGACUGGGGCCGCGUCUUUCGUGUGCGGACCCGGGGCGCGCCUGCAGGAGCUGAGCCAACCUGCGCCCAAACCUGGGGCAAAUGACUCCCUUCUGCCCUCGUCCAAAGCUUGGCUACCAUUUCCUUCCAUCUCUGCUCCGCGUGUUGUUUAACGGCGCGCGCAGCGCAAGGCCGCGGGCGGAGGCCGCAGGGCUCUCCCGGCCGGGCCAGCCCCUGGUGCCCGCCCCGCGGGGAGCCACGCAGCUCGCGGGGCUGCGGCCGCCGUCCAGCGCUCGCAAUCUGAGCCAAGGAUGCCGCGGCGCCAAGACACGAGUCGUCUCCCCCAGCAAGCGGCCCCGGCCUGCCGCGGAGGAGGGCGGCAUACGGCUCCGCUUUGCCCGGCUCUCGGAGCACGCCACCGCCCCGACCAAGGGGUCCGGGCGCGCCGCGGGCUAUGACCUGUACAGUGCCUACGAUUACACAGUACCACCCAUGGAGAAGGCCCUUGUGAAAACCGACAUUCAGAUAGCUCUUCCUUCUGGGUGCUACGGGAGAGUAGCUCCACGUUCAGGCUUGGCUGCAAAACACUUCAUAGAUGUGGGAGCUGGUGUCAUAGAUGAAGAUUAUAGAGGAAAUGUUGGUGUUGUACUAUUUAAUUUUGGCAAAGAAAAGUUUGAAGUCAAAAAGGGUGAUCGAAUUGCACAGCUCAUUUGUGAACGGAUUUUUUACCCAGAAAUAGAGGAAGUUCAAGUGUUAGAUGACACUGAAAGGGGCUCAGGAGGUUUUGGUUCCACUGGAAAGAAUUAAAAUUUAUGCCAAGAACAAAAAAUGAGAAAAUGUACUUUUUCCUUCAAAAUAAAAACUUUGCUUAAAGUG